ACUGUUAUAUCAUCAGUUGUGAUUGUUCUGUUAGCAAUCCAAGAAACUAGACACUACCUUGCUGGUGACAUUGUAGAGCAGUUGUAUGUGGAUUCUACGACUUCCGACAUUCGCCUUGACGUACAUUUCGACAUCACAUUCCAUAGAUUACCCUGUGUUUUCAUCAGUGUUGACGUAAUGGACGUUACUAACGAAGAUCAGGAUGAUAUACAGCAUGAUAUUUUUAAAUUGCGGCUGGAUAAAAAUGGAAAGAACAUCACUGCCGAAUCCCAAAAAAUUAAGGUCAACCAAAACAUCACUGCCGCGGUUAUUUCAAAACCAGAAUGUGGAAGCUGCUACGGAGCACUGCCAGAAGGAAGUUGCUGCAAUACAUGCGAGGAAGUUAAACAAGCCUUUGAGGCGAGAAAUUGGGCGAUAAAUCUCGAGAAAGUAGAGCAGUGCGUGUUUGAUCCAUGGCUAAAUAAGUUGAGAUAUUACGCAGGAGAAGGAUGCCGUGUGUACGGCAAAAUUGAGGUGGCAAAAGUUGCUGGAAACUUUCAUCUUGCACCAGGCGAAGCACGCAGGAUUAUGAACACACAUGGUGCGUACACUAACAUUUGACU